UACGAAUCAAUUGUGACCCUAGCACCCUCACUGCCAAGGAAGAAAAGCUGGACCAUUCGCCAUGGCUGGGAAGAGCAAGGAAGGCGGUGCCGACAUCCUCGAAGGCCUCCUCAAUGCCGAGCGUAUCGGUGUGAUGGAUGGUGGAUUUGCCACGCAUCUCGAAGAUGCUUUGCACCUCAGUACGCCUUCACCGCUCUGGUCAGCAGCCUUGCUCGAUCCAACCUGCGAAGAAGCAGGCUGGAAGGGCCACGAUGCAGUUCGUGCAACGCACCGUGCCUUUCUCGACGUCGGAGCCAGACUCAUCGAGAGCGCCUCCUACCAAGCUUCGACACAAUCUUUCCUGAAAAGCAAGCCUCCAAGAACAUAUACGGCAGCCGGGGCAGAAGAGCUCAUGCGCCAGUCUGUCACGCUGGCCCAUGAAGCGAUCGCGUCUCACUCAUCAAAGCAAUCAGUGGAGACGGCGACUUCCAAGACGCCACUGCUUACUCUCAGUCUUGGCCCAUACGGGGCGAUGCUAGAGGGAGGACGAGAAUAUAGUGGUGAUUAUGAAGGGGCAAGUGCAGACGCCGUCAGCCUCAGCAAGAAACUGCACACCUUCCAAAUGAACCGCUUACAAGCGUAUGCAGAAGUGAAGGACACCUGGGAGAAAAUUGAUCUGAUCGCAUUCGAAACGCUUCCACGCCUUGACGAGGUAGGCGAGAUUGGGCGAGCACUUCACGACAUUGACGUUGAGCUCACAAGCAAAGGGCAACAACACAGGCCUCCGGCCUACUUCUCCUUCGUUUUUCCGGAGAACGCAAACGGAGAGGAGACAAAUAAGCCCAACAACGACAAUUUCCUUCCAUUGCCCCCUGACAUGAGUGCCGCCGCUAAACGCACAGGGGCGGACCCAUCGCAACACCGCACGGUGCCGGCUCUUGUCGAAUGCGUGAAGAGCCUCUGCGGUCAAGGCUGGCCCAUCCUUGGUCUCGGGAUCAACUGCACGAAGCCCCAUCUCAUUCAAGGCAUAGUGCGAGACCUCACCCAAGCGUUCGCGCAACAGAAAACGUCCAGCACGUUCGCCAGCAAGAGCGGCAAACCCGUGCUUUUCCUCUAUCCCGACGGCGGCUUGACAUGGGAUGGGAUUGCACGAUGUUGGCGCAGUGGGGCACCAAUGACAGCGGACAAGGCUACAGAAGUGAAUAAGCCACAUGCAUCUUCACUAUCGGAAGAGGAAACGUGGGCGCGCGAUCUCUUUGCACUAACUCAAGAGCCUGGGGUGCUCAAGAAUGUAUGUGAUUCUGGUGGCACAAGCGAGGCAGCAUUUGAUGCUGUGUGGCUUGGCGGUUGCUGCAAGGCCUCCACGGGGCAUAUUGCAUCGCUUUCCAGGCUGGUCUAUCCGUCUCAAGGGUAACACAUGGUAGAAUGGUAUUGGCGGCGGCUUGCCGCGAAAAGAAACGUCUUGUAAUAGAAUACAAAGGUCACUUCUUGGCCUUUGCUUUGAACUUCUUCAAA